AUGACCUGCCGUGUGGAGUUCAAUGACAACACCUCCCUCCAGUGGUCAAACCCAGCACAGCAGACACUCUUCUUUGGUGACAAGAAAGGGGCCAAAGAGGUGAAUGCAAGUGGGAAGACAUUUACAGUGCGGAGCUCUCUGCAGCUGCAUGUGGACAGAAAUGAUGAUGGAGUGGCCUAUACCUGCAGAGUGGACCAUGUGGCUCUCGCACAGGCGCCACAGCAAGCCACCGAAGUGCUGGAGGUCCACUACGCUCCCCGUGUGGAGAUCGUAAACUCCAUCGCUCUUCCUCAGGAAGGACAGUACCUGAAGCUGGAGUGUUUGUCCAGAGGAAACCCAUCGCCUGACCCGGUGAUGUGGACAAAGGACGGAGGGGAACUUCCUGACCUGGACAGAAUAAUUGUAGAGGGGCGGGAGCUCACCUUUACUUCACUCAACAAGACAGACAAUGGCACCUACCGCUGUGAAGCAAGCAACCACCUAGGGACCAGCAGCGCUGAAUAUGUGCUGUAUGUCUACGAUCCCAACGCAGUGGGCCAGCAUGGCACCGACCACGCCCUGAUCGGAGGAGUGGUGGCCGUGGUGGUCUUUGUCACCCUGUGUUUAAUCAUUGUUCUUGGAAGAUACCUGGCCAGGCAUAAAGGAACAUACUUGACGAACGAAGCCAAAGGAGCGGACGACGCGCCCGACGCUGACACGGCCAUUAUCAACGCUGAGGGCAACCACGCGCACGCAGAGGAGAAGAAGGAAUACUUCAUUUAGACUGCAGCGGGAGCCGUGCAGCUCUCGCCCUCUUCUUAUGGUCCCUCUGUGUUUCUUAUUGUCUCAUUCUGUCUCCCACGUUCGUCCAUCACCUUUGGCCACUGCCCGCUCAACUCAACAAGGAGUUUGCAGAGAAUCGGUGCAUCUCUCUCAGCUGCAUUACUGUCUUCUUUUUUGUUGUCGUUUCGUUUUGGGUUGAUGUUCCUCACAGCCAGCUUGAUGCUGUUGCUGCUGCUGCUGAAGACGGCGUCCCUUCCUCGUGUUUUUCCUGGUCUUUUCACAUGAACACCUGGAAAUAUGUAAAUCUACCAUGACUGCUUCUUAAAUAACUCCUGUGUUCAUCUUCACACCCACCCCCAAACAGACACAUGUUAUAUCCCGUGUUCACAGACACAUAUCCCACAUCAACACGGUGCCUAAAAAUGCAGACGCCAUCGAACUUCUGUCAAUGCCUUCAUGUGUCGCCUGUCAGCAGCAGUGUAAAUGCUGUAAAUCAUUUCAGCGCUUAGCUCCUGGCUUUUAACUUUGGAUUUAAUUUGAAUAAAACUCUGUGCUGUUUACGCCUUAUGUGUGCAUCACGAUGAAUAUGGUACUUUUAGACGAUUCACCUCUCCCAAAUAGACUCGUAAUGAAACAGUGGAGCCUUUGUAAGAUAAGACCAAGGUUUUGUGUAACACUGUAGCAAGGUUUGGUCAGAUAAGUGUAUUAUAUGAUUUUGACAAUAAGGGUAGAAGUAAAAAAAAAGGGUAGCGCAGUAUUGUUUAGAGCAGAGAACACCAAAAAUAUACAAAAGAUGCUAGCUGAUCC